AUGACGCUUUUCUCAGCCCUGUUUCUGCUGACCUUGAGCACCAGCUCUGUCAUUGCUCAUAUCGUCCCCCUUGGUUCAAUCUCGAUUGCGCCUCGGGACCACCAGCCCGACUCCGAGACCAUAGCCGCAUGGGAGACAACGGGCUCGCGUUUCUCGUACUUUGACCAUUCCGAUCCGCAGAGGUGUGUGCGCCCUUGUGUAAAGUAUUGCAAAGACGUUGAACACAAGGGCGGGCCUAAGCUGGACGAUGUCCUCUGCGCCGUCUUCCUGUCAGCCUUUGAUACCAACAUCCAGACCGGGCUCCUUCUAGUCCCAGGAGGUAUCGAGGAGGAGAUCGCUAGCAAUGGCGUGAGGCUGGCCGUGCAAGGCGCCAAGACCUUUACUGAGAACGGCGGCGAUGCGGCCAAUUUCUUCGGGGGCUGGGUCGGUCCGGCGUGCCACAUGCCCAACUGGAACUCUGACGUCCUCAGCAUGAUCUUUGGCGUGCUCAAUAAUGCGCCCGACUCAACAGGUACUAGUAUAGGAUGCGUGCAGAAGAACAAGGCCGCCUGUAGGAAGCCGGACCGCAAGCCGGACCCACCUCCCAAGAGCAAGGGGCCCGAUGACAAGCCAAAGACAGAAGACCCUCCUAGCCCCACGUCAAAGCCUUCCGAGCCCGACAAGACGUCGAAGGUCGCCACCAGCACCAGCAAGUCCACUACCAAAAAUGCCUGCGCGGCCAAGAGCACAAGCAAGCCUAACCAUGGUACCAAACGUACCGAUGAUAGCGGCAUCCUCGACCUGCUCCGGGCCCCAACCGGAAGGGCCGCAGAAUUGAUCACCCAGUUCCGCAACUCGGCCCGGAAACCGUCUGGACAAACGUCCAAGAGAAACCUUGAGCAUGAUAACCUUAAGCCACGCACUGGCCCUCCAGCGGGAUACAUGGAGGUCGUCCCAAGUAGCAUGAACUUUACCCAAGAUGGUCGACCGAACGUGUGGUCCCGCGACUACGGCACGUGCCCAGAAGUUGUCCUUGUUGGCAAGCCCAAAAGCUCCAACCACUACAAGGGUAACCUGUUGCACAUGAGCCUAGGAGAAUCCGGGGAAGGGUUCUUCAAGGUCCGCCAAGCAUUCAACGGGCUGAUCGACGCCGUGACGCUCGAUGGCAUGACAGACAUGCGCGGGUGGCUGUAG